UCGAGACCCGCUCCGAGGCCGCCAGAGCCUCGCCCGGAGCCACUCGACACCGAUGGACUCGAACUUGCCGCCGUUCUCGUUCUUCACCGCGCCAGAAGGCGUCUACACUCUCGUCUCGAGCCUCAACGUCCCCGCACCUGGCGCACCCAACGCCCCUGCGUCCUUCCCCUCCACGGGAGGGCCAGCUCCCCCCGCUUCAGCCGGCCUCGGCGGCCCUGCCGCUCCCGCACCCGAGCAGCCCGCCGCACCACCGCCAAACCCUGCACGGCUCGCCGUCGUCGCGGUCCAGCUCCCGACCAAGGACGCCGGCGCGGGAGGAGGAGCAGGAGGAGCCGGCGGCAUCUCGGGGCUGGGCCUCUCUAUCGGGCGCGGCAAGGGCAGGGACGACGGGCCCGGCGCGACGGCCAUCCCGGGCGCAGGAGGAGAUGGAGCGGGCUACGGCGAGGGCGGCGGCAACGGCGGCGGCGCCGGAGCGGGAGGCCCGAACGGCCAGGGCGGCGCGCCGUCGAGCCCGGUGCCGAAGCGCAAGCCGCUCACGAGCUCGUUCUCGAUGCUCGGCGGCCUCGCGCUCGCUGCCGAGGGGGCGGCGACGUCGCGCCCGGCGCGAGCGCUCAAGGGCUCGAGCUCGUCGUUCGUGCGCAGCUGGGAGGGCCUCCCGCUCUCGCAGGUCCAGCUGCGCGGCAUCGCCGACGCCAACGCAGGUCGCGACACCGUCUUCGGCUUCCAGACGGUCGGCAAGGCGCUCGUCAUGAGCGAGAUCGCUAAGGGCAAGGACGCGCUCGCCAAGAUCCUCUUCGCCUCGAUACCGACCUGCAUCGACGCCAACCAGCACACGGCAUCGGCGGCGCAGAUUGACGUCCUCGUCGGAUUCGCGACCGGCGACAUCAUCUGGCUCGAUCCGCUCACGGCACGGUACUCGCGGUACAACAAGUCGGGCUGCAUCACGUCGUCGCCCGUCACGUCGAUCCGGUGGCUCCCUCCUUCCCCUCCGACCUCACCCUCGUCCCCCUCGCUCGACGGCGGCCUGCCCUCGCACCGCUCAAACCUGUUCGUCACGUCGCACGCCGACGGCUCGAUCGUCCUGUGGGACAAGGACAAGGAGGACUGGAACGGCUUCGUCGCUCAACCUUUUCCCGCCCGGCCCGGGUCGGCGGUCAACUCGCCGACGCUCGGCGGCGGCGGCAACGGCGUCGGUGAUUCCUCGAGGGAGAACGAGUGGCCUCUCGCUGGAGCGGGCGCCGCGGCGGGACGGCCGGCCAAGAGCGCGGCGGGGCAGGAGGACAUGGUCGUCAGCCGGCCGCCGGCGACGGACCGCAAGGGCCAGAGCACGGUCAAGCACAAUCCGGUCGCACAUUGGAGGCUGAGCAGCAAGGCCAUCACGGCAUUCGCCUUCUCGCCCGACUUGACGCUGUGCGCUGCGGUCGGCGACGACGGCUGCCUGCGCAUCAUCGACGCCGUCGAGGAGAAGUUGCUCGACGUCUUCUCGAGCUACUUCGGCGCGCUCAACUGCGUCGCGUGGAGCCCUGAUGGGCGCUUCGUCGUCACCGGCGGUCAAGACGACCUGUGCACCGUGUACGCUCCACUCGAGCAGCACGUCGUCGCGCAUUGUCAAGGACACGCGUCGUGGGUGACGGGCGUCGCGUGGGAUGCGUGGCGGAGCGAGGACCGCACCUUGCGGUUCGCCUCGGUCGGCGAGGACUGCAAGCUCGUCCUGUGGGACCUGUCGAGCGCGUCCCUGACUCGCCCAAAGGCGCAUGCUCACCCGCACGCUCGGCGCCACUCGACCUCGUCCCAGACGUCGCUCCACCGCCGGUCGAUGAGCGAGUCGGGCCCGCAGGCGCCGCUGUACCCGUCUGAGCGCGUCGGGCCGGCGUUCCACCCUGCGCCUCGACGAGACGACGUGUCGCUGCUGCAGCCGAUCAUGGUCAAGGCGCUGUCGGCCGACCUGUUCUCGGACGUCGCGAUCCUGCCAGAGUACCUCGUGCUCGGAACGAGGAACGGCCACGUCCUGCAGUUCGACCGGCCGCCGACGGGUGCGCUCGAGGGCCUCAACAGCGAGUUUGCGGCGUCGGUGGUGCGGAUCGACGCGAGGGCGCGGUAGCUCGAGCGAGUCGUUGUCAUGCCCAGUGCGCGUUGCAGUUCUU